CUCACAGAUUACUUCGCUCACACCAGACUUCUUGCUGCCAGUGGCUUGGGUGAGUUGAGUGAGCUUCCGGUAGUUACCAGAUGUAGCUGCUGCUUCUAGCUCACUAGCACGCUCCGACCACCAAGCUUCUCGAUCCCUACGCAAGCUUUGCUCGAUUUCAUUACUGUGACGACGGACCGCCGGUGAACUCGAGGAAGCUGUAAGAGGCUCAGAAGGAGCCGAAGACGUUCCAUCCAAUCACCUGUCGGAAGAAUGUUCUAGAAUUCCAACGUGUAGCUUCCCCAUUGGAUAAUGCUAAUAACCCCCUGUACGCGGAUUGGAAGACUGUAAUGAUGAUUUCGUUCUCACUAAAAACUAUAAAUACCUGAUAAUUUUGUACUAUGUUUGACACUGUUGGAAUAAUAUUCCUUUCGUUAGUCUUCUGUCUUCUUAUUGCGACUUGGAAGGGUUUGGUGUUCUAGUGCUCAGUUAUACGCGGUUGUAUCAAGAAAAAUCAGCUUUUUCAAGUUAUAACAUCUGGCGACGGGUUAUUGUAUCAAUAUGUCAUUUACCUUGGAACAAUUUGAAGCCUUAUUGGAACGCCAAGAACAGUUCCAGAUGCGCAUGAUAGAGAUACUAACUCAGAAAAUGAACCUGGAUCAAAAAGAAGUUACAGAUGAUCCCUUCAAAUCUCAUGUUGACCAGAUUGUUAAUUCUAUCCAUGAAUUUAAUUUUGAUGGUUCAGCUGGCAUUACUUUUGAAACUUGGUUCAAGAAAUAUGAAGAUUUGUUCAAGGUCGACCUCAAAAAACUUGAUGACGCCGCUAAGGUCAGAAUACUCUUGCGAAAACUUGGAACUGUUGAACAUGAACGUUACAGUAACUUUAUCCUUCCAAAGAAUCCAAGAGAUUUUUCUUUUGAUGCAACGAUUGAAAUUUUGUCGCAAAUCUUUGCUGAACAGUCAUCCUUGUUUAAUAUUCGUUAUCAAUGUCUCAAGAUGACAAAAGCAGUUGAUGAUGACUGGGUGAAACAUGCGGGUUUAGUAAACCGUGAAUGUGAGCGUUUCAAACUAUCAGCAAUGACAGAAGACCAGUUUAAGUGUCUCGUAUUUGUGUGCAGCCUCCAAUCUCCCGAAGAUGCCGAUAUUAGAACUAGAAUUUUGAGUAAAAUUGAACAAUGUCCGAAUAUGACACUACAAGAAGUAACCGCAGAGUGCCAGAGAUUGGUGAACCUAAAGCAUGACACUUCGAUUGUCGAAAAUAAUGGCCAGUUGCCAUACGUUCGUGCUGUAAGCGGAAAGAACGAUUCUUGCUCAAGAAAGGCAUCGCACACAGAUAAUCAGCCUUCAUCUCCAUGUUGGUCUUGUGGUGGUUGGCAUUAUAAAAGGUUCUGCCCAUAUAAAGAACAUUGUUGUAGCAAGUGUCAUCGCAAGGGACAUAAAGAAAACUGCUGCAGAAAAAGAACCCAUAAACGACAUUCUUUGAAACCCUACUCGAAGAAAUACAGAUUUAGUGCUCGAACUAACAAAAUAUUGGUAUCACAUAAUCGAGCACGAAUUUGCCGCCAAAGAAAGUAUGUAAACUUGGAUAUAAAUAAAAAGCGUGCCCGCCUGCAACUCGACACCGCUUCUGACAUCACACUUAUUAGUCGGAGAACUUGGAAUCUUAUCGGUAAACCACAGGUGCUCCCAACAACCCAGUUAGCUCACAGCGCAUCUGGAGGAAAACUAAAUAUUGUUGGAGAGGUUUGUUGUACAGUCUCGAAAGGAAAUGCGAAAACGAAUGCAACUUUAUAUCUUACACAGAAUCCAGGACUAGAUUUGCUAGGUCUAGACUUGAUAGAAGCACUUCAAUUAGCAAAUCACCCCAUUAACCACAUAUGCAGCGCAGUGAGAACCAGUAAACCGGUGGAAAAGGAUCUGAAGAGUGUUGUAUUGGAAAGACACAGUCAAGUGUUUACGGAAGAGUUGGGGGAAUGCAAAAAGGUUAAAGCACUAUUGAUUCUUAAACCGGGAGUCACCCCCGUCUUCAGACCAAAACGUCCGGUACCUUAUGCAGCGCUACCUAUUGUUGAACAAGAAUUAGAGCGUCUGCAAAGAAGUGGAAUAAUCGAACCAGUAAACUUUUCUGAUUGGGCAGCUCCAAUAGUGAUUGUUAAAAAGCCUAAUGGAAGUAUCUGGUUAUGUGCAGAUUAUUCGACUGGAUUAAAUGAAGCGCUUGAAGCCCAUCAAUACCCAUUGCCGGUACCAGAGGAUUUAUUUGCGAAACUGAAUGGGGGUAAGUAUUUUGCUAAAUUAGACCUAUCAGACGCUUAUCUACAGAUCCCGGUAGCGGAUGAGUGUAAGCAUUACUUGACAAUAAACACUCACAAGGGAUUGUUCCGAUAUAACCGACUUCCUUUUGGAGUAAAGACUGCCCCUUCAAUCUUCCAACAAGUUAUGGACACUAUGUUACAAGACAUUCCUGGUACCGCGGCUUAUCUCGAUGAUAUAUUGAUCAUGGGUACAGACUAUGCUGAUUUAGAGAAUAAGGUGGAUACGGUUCUCAGACGCAUAGCAGAUUAUGGAUUAAGAGUGCGUGCCGAAAAAUGUGAUUUUUACAUGGAGCAAGUCCGGUAUUUGGGAUUCAUAAUUGAUAAAAACGGGAGAAAACCUGAUCCUGAAAAUGUCGAAGCCAUUAAGUCCAUGCCUCCACCGACGGAUGUGUCAACUUUACGUUCUUUCUUGGGAAUGGUUAGUCAUUAUGGAGUUUUUCUGCCAGAUCUGCAUCGCCAUCGUGCUCCUCUUAAUUGCUUAUUGAAAAAGGAUACUAAAUGGUUCUGGUCAACUGAAUGCCAAGAAGCAUUCCUAAAACUGAAGCAGCUUCUAUCAUCGAACCUUCUCCUUACACACUAUGAUCCCGAUCUUCCAAUUAUAGUCGCAGCAGAUGCGUCGAACUACGGAAUUGGAGCAGUAAUUUCACAUGCCUACCCUGACGGUUCUGAGAAAGCAAUCGCUCACGCUGCGAGAUCUCUGACUAUGACUGAAAGAAACUACAGUCAAAUAGAAAAAGAAGCCCUCGCGAUUAUAUUUGCUGUAAAAAAGUUCCACAAGAUGUUGUUUGGUAGGCAGUUCACCUUACUUACAGACCAUAAACCUUUACUGACAGUUUUUGGAUCUAAAAAAGGCAUCCCGGUAUAUACAGCAAACCGGCUACAGAGAUGGGCUACCACACUGCUGGGUUAUGAUUUCAAGAUAAAUUAUCAACCAACAACGGAUUUCGGACAGGCAGAUGCACUCUCAAGAUUGAUUGGUCUGCAUGAAAAACAAGAAGAAGAGGUGCUUGUAGCUGCUAUAGAUGUCGAGGCCGAGGUUCACAAAAUAUUGUCAGACGCAGUUUCCGGACUCCCGGUCACUUUUGAAGCCAUUAAAGAGGCCAGCAAGAAGGAUAAUGUAUUAAAGAUUGUUCGCCAUUGCAUACUCAAUAAAUGGCCUUCAUCUAGAUUACACGGAGAACUCCUACAAUACUUUCGUCGACGAGAGUCAUUAACAGUUGUCGAUUCAUGUAUAAUGUUUGGCCAUCGUAUCGUUAUCCCCAGAAAUCUUCGACACCAAGUCAUUAAACAGUUCCACAGCGGGCAUCCGGGGAUAAGUAAAAUGAAGUCACUAGCUCGUAGCUAUACAUACUGGCCGUCAAUGGACCAUGAGAUAGAGCAAAAAUGUCGCAGCUGUUGGUCCUGUCUAGAGGCUGCAAAGAAUCCAACGAAAGUUGAACCACAACCAUGGCCGAAACCGGACGGGCCUUGGCAAAGAAUACAUGCUGAUUUCGCCGGGCCAAUACAAGGCAGGAAUUACUUAGUUGUUGUAGAUGCUUUCACAAAAUGGCCAGAAGUAUACGUCAUGCCGAAUACGACUUCAGAGAGUACCAUAAGAAGAUUGUCAGGAUUGUUUGCCUGUUUUGGGGUUCCAGAGAUCUUAGUGACCGACAAUGGUACUCAGUUUAUGUCAUCCGCCUUCAAACGCUUCUGCAACGAGAAUGGCAUAUUGCAUCUACAAUCUCCUCCAUACCAUCCUCAGUCGAAUGGCCAGGCAGAAAGAUUCGUGGAUACAAUUAAAAGAGCUCUGGUCAAAGGGGGAGGUGAGGGUGUCCCGGAACAAGUGAUUAAUAAGUUCUUGAUGUCUUACAGAGUUACCCCUAAUCCGGCAGUACCAGAAGGAAAGUCUCCGGCCGAGUGUAUGUUCGGAAGGAAAAUCCGGACAGUUUUUAACAGCAUGUUGCCGCCCAGAAAGACAAAUAAACCCACGAAUGAAAAUCGUAAGGUCAAUCGUAGCUUCCAGGUGGGUGAAGAGGUACUUGUCAGAUCGUAUCAAGGUAAUAGGAAGUGGGAACCAGGUGUCAUAGAACGUCGAAUCGGAAAUGUGUUGUACCUAGUCCGGAAAGAUGUCGGGAAAUGCAUAAGACAUAUAAAUCAAUUGCAAAGAAAUGAUAGUACAGUGAUCACAGAAAACCGGCUUCCAUUUCAAUUGCUCGUAGAUUCAUCUCAGAAGAACCAUCAUGAGCGCGAAUAUCGAAAAGACAAACGACGCAGAGAGAAAGCUGUACAACCCUCGAGAGUAAUGGACCGCAAGAGGAAUGCGACACCCAAGCUUCAGGUGGAUCCAAGAAAAAAAUCUUACACAACGGAUUUUAAAGGGGGGAGGUGUGACGACGGACCACCGGUGAACUCGAGGAAGCUGUAAGAGGCUCAGAAGGAGCCGAAGACGUUCCAUCCAAUCACCUGUCGGAAGAAUGUUCUAGAAUUCCAACGUGUAGCUUCCCCAUUGGAUAAUGCUAAUAACCCCCUGUACGCGGAUUGGAAGACUGUAAUGAUGAUUUCGUUCUCACUAAAAACUAUAAAUACCUGAUAAUUUUGUACUAUGUUUGACACUGUUGGAAUAAUAUUCCUUUCGUUAGUCUUCUGUCUUCUUAUUGCGACUUGGAAGGGUUUGGUGUUCUAGUGCUCAGUUAUACGCGGUUGUAUCAAGAAAAAUCAGCUUUUUCAAGUUAUAACAAUUACAUAACAUCCUUCGUUUGUGGUCAAACUCACGGUCAUCCGGAGUAUACCGACGGGUCUCGAUGAGCCUGAGGGGACCCAGUGCUUAUAAGCGGGACGUUUCGCGAAGCCGCCAACGGCUAUACUCUUCAUUUCCAUGGCGUCAUGCAGCUGCCACCAAUACUCAUCUAUACUUUUCGGUGGGAUGGUAACUAACCUAGAACCUAGCUCGGUUUGAUACUUAGUUGCAACAGAAGCUGCAAUCAAUUUACUGACAUCAAUCCUUUGGUGACGGUCACUUCGUUGGCCACUGAAAAGUAAGAUUGGCACACACCAGGGCCUGAUCAGAGUCCAGAUAGGUACUCUGAAAAGUGACAGUUUUGUACACAACCACGACAGCAGUGGGUGAUCGCGAUGUGAUCAAUCUGAGUCCAGGCUUGAGAUGCAGAGGGAGGACGCCAAGUGGCACAUCGGCGAUGACUAUGCUGAAAGUUAGUGCUAGCCGGAAACAGGUUGUGAUCUGCGCACAGUUGCAGUAGACGGUCCCCGUUAUCUGUCCUGCGACCAACAAGUCUCCAUCGGCCACCUAAACGAUUCUCUUCUGUGCCUAGACGCCCGGCCUGAUCAUUCGAGUCUCCGGCUUGUACUGCAAUAUCUGUGGGAUGCACUUUCUGGAUAAGAACAGUUAACUGGUAGUAAAAUUCAUCUUUGAUCGCAUCGGGGAUGCAAUCUGUCGGGGCAUAGGCGGAGAUGACGAAAAGACAUCGUUUCUCACGCCGAUUUCUUCUCACUUUGAUGGAACUUUCUAAUCUAACAGCGCAUAACCGACUGUUAAUGGGGAUCCAAUCGAUUAGUGCUGCCUCACCUCUAGCGCUUAGUGCGACACCAACGCCACAGGGUCCCCGGAUAAGCGCAUGUAAAAUAAGCCUUUUGAAGCGACUGAUGGAGAGCGAAUUUGUAGUACUGUACUAGUCUGGAAUAUAGCGGACCUCGAUAUUAAGACCUUCUAAAGACAUAACCAGUCCUAUCUGUUGUCCGAUCUGCAUUUGUGUGCGAACGUUGAAGGCAGCCAGUUUGAAUGGUGUACGUGGUUUCAGAAAGACUGUUUCAGUAUUUGUAUCCGGUGGAAGCAUUCAACAGUGACUUGAGAUCGUUUAUAUGGAACAGAAUUCCCACCAUGUGUGAGCUGCUGUAUAAGUUGAAGAAUGGGGAUACAUAAAGUUGGAAUAGAGGUAGAUAAGUGACGUAGUAUAUAAAACAGUAAUAAUAGAAACAGUGAGUGUUAUCAAGUGAAUGUGAAUUAUCUGAAUUCUAAAAUGAAGCGAGCAUAGUAUUUCGUGAAGUAAUCGUCAUCUCCUUUGAUUUGUGUGAGGGCUGUGAUACUGCCCAGGUGCCCAGAUCGAAGCAGGUGGUUUUCUUAGGGGGCCACACCGAGAGCCUUCGACCUGAAGGUCUGGUCCACAAGGCAGUGAGGAAACUCAAGGAGUUGCAGUCCCAUGGUAGCAGGUGUCCAACGAUUGGUUCAUACGCCAUUUGUUCCUUCAGGAUGCUGGAGCCCGUGUGCAUCAUUAGUUUGGAAUCAGGGUUUUCCAACUCCAGUAGGUGGACUCUCCAUGUCCACCAACCCGGUUAAAGCGCCGGACGUUCGCUUUUCGUCCUCUCAGUUUCCUAAACAACACCCCCGCCACGAGAACGCAGUGAGUAGAACUUCCCUGACAGAGGGUAUACACGCGUGGUUAUAUGAGAGCAUUUCGAGAGGGAGAGCGGACACUCCCUACUCUCGGCCGUACCAGGGCAUUUGGGGAGCAGAUCUUGUUUCAGGCGUUUGGUAUCUAUAGCGCUGAAAAUUUUUAGAGGACUGGAGUUUGAUUGUUUGUUAAUCAUUUUGAAAGACUUCAGUGUUUCCUCUUGAUGUUCUGUAUCAAGAUGUCUAGAGAUGACACUUCUGAAUGCUUUUGAUCCACUUGACCUUUUUGGGAUAUGUUCUUUGCAUCGGAUAUGCGCUCUCCUUCCUGUUCUACCAAUGUUACUGACUUGGCUGAUACAUGUGAAUAUGUAUAUACAGUUGGUGGUAACAUAAAAGUGAUAGCUAUCGAUCUUUGAUUGUUCUAAAAAACAUUGUUUUGAACAAGACAAUCGGUUUAGCUGCAGGACAAGUUCUUGUCAAUGCAACUUUUAGUCUUACGUUGAUUGAUCCUGUCACAAAAGAUUAAUAUUCGAAGUUAUUUCGGUAUGCCCACAAAAAUAAGACGCUUACCAAGUGAUUUUAGGGAAUCUAGCAUCCCAACAGUUGGAACGCAUUUGUACUAUGUUUUUUUCCCAAGUUUGGCUGAGUUAUUUCAGCUUAAAACAUGUAUCCACGAGAACCUACAUACCAUUUGUUAGGGAAAUUAAUAGUGUUUUGAAAUACCUUGUAUAUAGCAUUUUAACGCGAUUUCACCCAUUUCAGUUUGUAUGGUGAAUUAGGUAUGGAUUAGUGUCAUUUUUCACGUUGUGUUUAUCUUGAUUUUUCUGUCGGUCGUAGGAUGUAGGAUAAUUUAUUGUAUGUUAUGUUCUACAUGAUACCCGAGUAGAAUAUUCUGUCUGAGAUCGACUUGUUUUUUGACUAACUUAUUAACAUGAACGUAUUUUUCUCUACAUAGCUUAUUACUGUUAGUGGCAAGCAGGUGGUUUCUGCAGUUUCUGUCGCGAAUAACUCCGGUGUAGCUAAUUCGAAUCCAAAUCAAGUAGUACACAUUGUAAACAAGUCAACAGGUUUAAUCAAACCUAUUAAACUAGUUUCGACCACAACUUCAUCUUCAACUGCUUCCAAAACUAUCACUGUACAACAAGCAUCAGUUGGAACUGGCGUUUCAGUUCCGAAAGUAAUCAAAGCUAUUCCAGCAACGAUGCUUCAGAUGUCUGCGUCUGGUAAGCCUAUUUUAAUUGCUGGUGGUGGUGUAUGCCGUCCGGGCCAGACAACCGUUCAAGUUUCAGGUUCUGUACACAGACCAGCUGGACAGCAAAUAGUUAUCAUGAGUCCAACAAGUAAGACUGUUGUGAAUUUUCGAGGUUUUCGUAGUUCUUUAUUUCUUUUUUUAUAAUACAAAGGAAUAUAACCAAUCUGUUUUAGGUUCAUACAUUCACAAAGGAGGACAUUUUACUUCUUGUCUCCCUAGAAUGCAGUAUUUUGUCACACUAUGAUGUUAGUUUAAUCAUAGGCAUUAUGAGUACCCAUUAUCCUUUACUGCGCACAUUCGGAAUAAUUGUGUAUAAAAUUAUCUAGUCUCAGUAAUUCAUCCUUAUUUACACGAUUGGUUAUGUACUCAUCAUAGUAAAUUUCAGGUCUCAAUUCUGGUUAUAAAGUUCAGGUCGAAAGCUUUAGAAAUUACUAUGUUCACAAAUUGACGAUUUUCAGCUCGUUAUCGUAGUUUGAAUGGAGUGUUUGCCAUCAAGUGGAUUUGCUGACUAGGGUGAAACACUCACUUUCUACUUUGAUAUGUACCAGUUAUUCCAGCUAAUUUUGUUUUGUGAUGCAAAGCAUUGUUAACGUGGAACUUAAAAACUUGGACUUUAUUUUCAGUAUCCUCAUCAACUGCCGUGCCUGCAUCAUCAAAUUUGUACUUAUCUUCUGGAGGUGCUACCAGCCAAAUAAUACGACAGGGAAAUCAAACACAGGUAACCUUAGUCCGACGGGAUCAAUAUGAUUCAACACAUGGUAAUGCGAAUGAUCCAAGUAAUACUACGUCGUCGAUUCUCCAAACUAUUCCACAAUUGGAUGGUGCUAUUGAUGAUGACGAUGAUGAUGUUGAUGAGGACGGUGGUAGUGCUAAAACCGAUGCUUCAUCAGUUAUCCUUUUGGAGUCUAAUUUAGGCAAAGAAAAGUUACAUAUGAAAGGAAAUGUGGAUAUUCUACAAACUGGCAGUCAACAUUCGCCAGCAUAUACAACAGUAAGUGUGCUUUUUACCUAAGAGUACCACUACAGUUGUUGAUACAUAUAAGUCAAAAUGGUAUUUCUUGAUUAUAGUUAUGUCUCGUUUGAUCACUGGCAUAAAUGAAUUUUUAACUAUCGUUGACAGUUAACUGUUCAUAUUAAAGGUUUAAAACCUUAUAACUGCAUUAUGUUAGCAGAGGACUGUUAUAAUCUCUUUCUUACGAUUAUGACCCAGCUAUUCCUAUUGCUUAGUAUUCUCGGACACCGAUUCACUCGACAAGACCCCAAAUCAGAACACGGUUGAACAGGAAAGAGAUUAUAUUCCAAAUAACAAGGUUAGAUGGAAGCAAGACGCAAGCACAAUAGGGAAAAACGUCAGUAUAUUUAUAGUUUUUACAUGAGAAGAUUCUAGAGUAUCCUCCAACUAUCGACUAGUGCUGAUUGGAUAAGAAUUAGCCAAUCAGCGUGCACCAAAGCAAUCGUGAAUUGAGCAUGCUUUCAUCCGGUCUAUGUCCCGCUAACAAGGACAAGCUUAAAUUCAUAGCAAAAUAAACGGAUACAUCGUUUCCAUUGUUUAUUUGGUCAUCUGUUACUUACUAGAUAAUUUCAAGUCAGUCCAACUGAACGACUUAAUAUAGUAAUAUAGAACUGGGAUUUGAUGUUUUCUGACUGAUCUAUUCCAAACCACCUAGGUGGUCAGAUAUUUGGCAUCAGGCCUGAAACUAACCAGAUCUUACAUGGUUCAUGCAUCGGAGCACCAUCUGUAACCACCAAACUAGUUCAUACACUUGUGUGUGUUAGUUGAAUUGUAAAUACCUUUUCUUGAUUGUUUCGUUUUAAUUACCAAGGAUUAGCGCUUCUACCCAAAAAGUUUAGUCCAUGUAUAUUAUUAAAACCGGUCUGUAUACGUGUUUCGAGUUUGGUCACAUACGAAGGAUUUAUAAAUGAACUGGAAAGUUUUUCUUGAAUAAUUAGUUUGUGCAUCCACAGAUUUAAGAAAAUUAGGAUUUAUUUUAGAGAACUGUGCUUUUGAAUUCAUGUCGCUUAGUUUGUUUAGAUGUUUGUAUUAACGAACUGGUGCUGCAUCUUGUUGUAGCAACCUUAAGUUUUAUUUAAUCUCACCUUUUCAAGCAUCAGCAUCUUAUUUCGUUGCCAUCUCACAUUCAUAUCAAAUAACUCAUCCACUACAACUUUACAUUAACAACUAGCUUAUUUGUUUAAGACUUGAUAUAUAACUUAAACAUAACUUAUUCAGUGGUUUCACCACAUGCUGUAAAAGUAUCUAUGGUUGAACACAGAUAACCUACCGAUAUUUUUCACCUUUAAUUACUGUAUUUCUAUCUUAGAAUUGCAGGAGAUUGUCACAAUGGGGUUUAUUUUCCCUUACUCAGACUUAACCAACUGGAUAGUGUGGAUGCUGAGUUGCAUUAAACUAAGUUAAUCAAGGUCUCGUUUUGUGAUAAACAGUUUGUUAAGUUUUCUCUUAUUACGACCCAGCUACUCUUGUUGCUUAGUAUUCUUAAACAGUAUCUCACUCGACACGUUCCCAAAUCAGAACACGGAUGAACAGGAGCGUAAUCAUACUCCAAAUAACAAGGUUGGAUGAAAGUAGGAAUCACAAUAAGAAAAAUGUUGAUAUAUUUGUAAUUUUUACAUAAGAAGAUUCUGGAAUUGUCUCCAGGUCUUCGUAGCGCUAACUGGUUGGGAGAUAGCCAAUAAACGUGCCACAAUACAAUCCUGCACGGAACAUGAUUUAAUCCAAUCUAUAUCCUGCUAACACAGUCGGAUAUUUCACUAUCGAUAUAUAUUGAUCAAAGUUAAACUAAACUUUUGUUUAUGCACCGAGAUUUCAUCAGCUACAUUAACGCAAAAAACACUGAUAUGUCAUCUAUCUUUGGAAAUGUUGUAAAGGCGUUAUAAACUAAUGUCUUGAGCAGCAAGUUUGCAGUUAGACUUCACAGAAAAGUGAAUAUUUUCUACACUCCGUAUUCGCCUGUAUUGCUUCAUUUCAGUGUAUUUGAAAGGCGACCUAGAAAUUAUCUGAAUUAUCACUUGAGGUGAAAUUAUUAGUCUUAUAUAAUACAAUCUGUUAAUUUACUUGAAUUUUUCUCAUGUUUCGCCAUUAUUUAUAGCUUCACAUAAUGUUAAGUGAAUACUCUUUUUUCUUACUAUUCUUUAAUAAGGAUGCAAAUUCCGAUUUACAUACGUCAUUAGCCGUGGAAGCUGCUGCUGAACUACUUGCAGACAUUGGUGAUGACAAUACAUCAGCGUAUUCAGACCAAAAUUCAGCGAGCGUUUCGAAAGAAACUGAUCAGGCAGUCAGAAAUUUGAUUGAUAUCAAGCCUAAUGUAUUAUCCGAAAAUGUCUCUUCUAAUACUGAUCAUGGAAAAGAUUUCAGAGGAAAUUCAGGAUCUUAUGAAGAUCCAGUACAUGCUAAAGAUGGGAAGGAAGGAAAUGGUAGUUCUCUUACUGAUCCUUUGGAAACAUUAGCGUUAGUUGCUGCUCGCCGAAGUGGAAGUGGUGAUGAUCACGGAGGGGGACAAGUUUCUCGUUCUGUGACAGGUUUGGUCGCGAAUUCCCAUUCAAUCGUAACAACAUCUACCAAUUGUUCUUUAAUAAGUUCUUCGACUACUGUAACACCUGGUACAUUGAUUAGUCGAGGCGACAAUUCUUGGCAUGACGUUGGCGUUAUUAAGUCGACAAAUUAUACUGUAACAAUGUAUUCAGCCUGUACAAAUGAUGCUGGUGUACAUAUGGAAGCUAUCACUGCAUUACAGGGUCCCAAUGGGAUUGGACCGAAUGGACUAACUACACAGGGUCCUAAAUUCCAACUCGCUCCUGGAACAGCCUACAAAUUCCGUGUUGCAGGCCUCAAUGCUUGUGGUCGAGGUCCUUGGUCGGAGAUAAGCGCAUUCAAAACCUGUUUACCAGGUUACCCAGGGGCUCCCAGUGCUAUAAAAAUAACUAAAUCGGACAGUGGUGCACAUUUAACGUGGGAAGCGCCUCAGAACACGGCGGGAAAGAUUACAGAGUAUUCUGUCUAUUUAGCUGUCAAGUCUCAGACUGCAGGACAAGAUUCUACAGAGAACAAGGUCAGUUGUUAUUUUGUUGGCGAAGAACGUACUAAAUAUUUUGUGCAAAUUUACCUGUAAAUCGCUGUUUUUUUCUACAUCAGUAACACUGAAUCCAUUAAUUUUCAUAUUAUAAUGCUCGCACGAUCGAUAGCCUACGUAAAUACUAAAGGUCAUUGUCAGAAUACCAACAAACUAAGUAUGUUACACUACAUAUACUAAACCUCAGUGUACACAUAAGUAGAAGAUUCUUAGACAAAAAUUCAGUAACAGAUUUAUAGUUGAUUGAUAUUUAUUUAUGGAAAUUCUCUAUUUUAAUUUGCGUCCAAGCUAUUGGCUUCCGUCAUACUUCGUAGGUUGUUCGAAACCCGAGAAAGAUUGACUCGCGUGUAGCAGGCUAGGUUUCGUUUUGGUCGAGGAUGCAUUGAUCAUAUCUUUACCCUCACACAUCAAAUGAGAUCUGUGUGGCCCAUAUGUAUUCGGUGCCUCCUUGUACCAAUAUCUAUGUGUUAAAAUAAAUAAAUAAAAUCUGAGCCAUCUUUGCCACCUUCGUGAGGUCAGUCUGGCUGUAAAAGGUCGGAUCUACAACGUGUCGGUGAGAGCAUUCUUGCUCUAUGCUUGUGUAACGUGGCCUCUCCGAGUUGGGAAUGCUAGACGACUCUCUGUAUUCGAUCAUCGUUGUCUCAGAAGGAUUGCUGACACCCAGUGGCAACAUCAUGUUAGUAAUGAAGAGGUUCAGCAUCGUGUGUUCGGGCACAGAGACGAUGAUUCAAUUGGUGGCUUCGGUGGCUUGGACAUGUUCUUCAAAUGUUGCCCCAGAGAAUUUCUUGUUGUGCACGAUUUGCCGACGCUGGGACUGGUCGGAAAAGGCGGAGAGGUGGUCAGUGUAUGACCUGAUGUCGUGGUUUGAAAGAAAGCUGCACAGGACUGGCCUCUGUUGGUUCUUCAUGACUCCCUGGUUGGGGUCCUAGAGAUGGUGCAACACAGUGCCUAGAGACGUUAUCAGAUAUGGUUCAGAAUAGAAGCCAGUGGCGAUGCUGCUGUAACCUUUUACUUUCUUCGUAAAAAGUGGUUGUAUCUUCCUUAACUGAAAUAUUUCUUAUGAUUGUACCUUUCCGUUCCGUGUGGCGCAUAUAUAUUGGCGCUCUCUUGUAUCAAUAUUUAUGUGUUCAAAUAAAUAAAUAAUUUUACUUACAGUUAGGACUAACGUAGAAUAUCUACUUAAUAAAAAUACUCAUGAAAUCUAUUCUCAUUAAAGAAUAACUCCUCAUAUUUUGCUUAUUUAUUUCCUUUAAAAUGAUCAAGUGAUUUGAUUUUUUUAAAUUGAAAUCAGAAUGAUCAAUGUGAGUCUGUUAAUGCGUUCCCUAAACUUUAUAAUAUAAUAAGAAUUUGAUAUAGAACAAUAGUUCAUGUAGUUUUGUAACUAUUUUCACAGAUGGGAAGUAUUCUAAAAUUCGAAGAAGUCUGUGUAUUAUGAUUUCUCUUAUUACGAUCCAGUUACUCUUGUUGCUUAGUAUUCUUAAACAGUAUCUUACUCGACAUGUUCCCAAAUCAGAACACAGAUGAACAUGAGCGUAAUCAUACUCUAAAUAACAAGGUUGCCCCAAUACAAUCCUGCACGGAACAUGAUUUAAUCCAAUUUAUAUCCCGCUAACACUGAAUAUAUAAUUCGGAGCAUUUUAUGAACCUCAAUUAGAUAGACAAAUAAUUCUAACUAGAUGUUGGUAUGCUGGUCACAUUAUUAAGUCGUUCCACCUAAAGUUUCACUCAUCCGUUCGUGCUGGUUUUACAGUCUUCGUUCUAUGACAUUUGUAGAGGUUAAUUCCUCUCUAUUUGAAUCUAAUAGGUGAUAUCCCGUUAACUAAGUAUUUAAGUAAACCUGUUUUCUUAGUUAUUAUAAUGAAUUUACUCGAGAAUACUUAAAAGCCAGAAGAGCAGUUGUAGGGAUGGUAUUUUGUUUGUCCGCAAACACGCAGGUAAAUGAGACUAGGUGUGUGUGUGUGUCCCCGUUCAAUAUGCUUAGCGUACAUCCAGCAAGUAGAAUAUUCAUGAUAGUUGUUAAAAUAACAAAUUAAGUUAGAUCACUAUCAUGUUCAUCAUAUGAACAUUGUUUGAUUGGCGAAUUUUAAAUUUCAGAUUGAUACAAAUCUCUAUACUGUGAAGUGUAUACACACUAAUCAUAUGUAACAAAAUUAGGAAAAUUUAAAAACUAUAUGAGCUAAGAUAAAGUGAACUGGAGGAUUAACUUAAAGUUUUGUUUAAAUUACCGUCGCUAUUUUUUGAUGCUAUUAUGGAAAUUGACUCAAGUUGUAUUCGUAAUUGAAUGCUUAAGAAAUUUCAUACCAACAAACUUAUUGUAAUGAGGUAAAUUCAUUUCAUGUGCUUUAAAGCUUCAAAAUAUUUACUGACUUGUGUAGACACAUAAAACGUUUUACAGCUGUAACUAUUUACAUAACAUAUGUAGGAGUAUUAGUUCUCUAGCGUGAUCUGUAGCGUUAGCUUGGUUUCCCUAUGGUAUCCACAGUGUGAUUGACUGUGCUUCUUUUACCUCCCUACUAACUCUUUCACUGUUUAUCUAUAGGUCGGUUCUACACCAUCUGGUAUGGCAUUCGUUCGUGUAUAUUGUGGUCAAUCACCCUCAGCAACUGUUACUUCUGCAACAUUGGCUACUGCUCAUUUAGAUCUUAGUUCAAAACCUGCUGUGAUCUUUCGGAUUGCUGCUCGCAAUGAAAAAGGAUAUGGACCGGCGACACAAGUUCGUUGGCUUCAAGAUGUAUCUAAUACACCUUCCUCUGUUGCUGGAAUAAGUCCUCAACCCAUUAAUUUCCAAGCAACAAAUGCCUCACAGCCGGUUACCAAGCGUGCUCUGAGUUUAGGAACAUCACAAGAAGGGUAAGGCCAUUGAGGUUGAACAUAAUAGCUUAUAACUAUUGGUUAGUUGCUAGUUGAACUCGCGUGGUAAUACGUAUAUGAUCCACUAGUGGUGAGAUGAAUUCGGGUAGAUUUUGUAUUACGAGUUUACUUACCAAGUAUCACUGCAAAUAUAUUUGUCGAAUAGAAGGAAACAUUUGACGCAAUCGGCAAGGCUCUUGAUAGGCUAAGUAAAUGGGAAGAGUGUCCAACAGGUUCAUAUUAUCAAUGAAACAUAUAGCUAAGCUUUAACAGUCAUGGAAAACAUUAUAAAUUAGCGACAAUUGGAAUUACUUUUAAAUGAUCUGCAGUUAAUUUUUUAGGAUUUGGAGUGGUGUGCGUAAGGGCAUUGAUAUCUGCAUUUUAUUCGGCUGAAAUUUAGUUACUAACAAGCUACAUACUUAUGUAAACAGAAAAGCGACUAAUCUCCUUAUAGUUUGAUGCAAAAGUAGCAAUAACAAUUAAUUCAUAGGCACAUCAUCGAUUGAACAAUGUUUGGAACUAGCUAUCAAUAAAGGAUCACAAAUCAGUCGAUGAGGUCGAGAAUCUUCAUCAACUACAGAUGCCUAACCAGUAUUUACUUUGAAGCUUAGUGUUGUCUGACUGAACGCUAGGGGUGUCCAAAGCAAAACGUGGGGUUAGCGUAGUCAUUGACUGUUGAUCUGAAUCAUGUCGGUAGUUGCUGACUUGGGGUCAACGUGAUUAUCAUAACCAAUAGUUGGAUACGUUGGAUGACAUUGCUCAAAAUGGCUUAAUGGCGCAGAUGCAUACACACUUUCUCUUACUCUCAGAUAAUGGGUCCUAAUUUUCUUUCAUACUCUUCCAUCUUUUCGAACUAUAUUCCUAAUGUUCAGUCUUCAGCAUCGCUACCACAUCAAUUUCAGUUUCUUUGCCACUCAUCACAUUAUGUUAAUGAGAUAUACAAGGACUUAGUCCAGUCCCACUGCGAUGCUAUCCGAUAAUGACGACCAACUGAUAUCGGCUUAACAAUGAACUCUUAUUCUAAAAUUAGGUAUUGUUUUACACAUGGUUGUAUUCAUCAUUUAAAUCAUCGAGUCUCGUUCAUGAACAGUUUUGUACAAUCUACGUUUUUUUCUAUAUAUAAUUAUUUCCAGAGCUUUUACUACACCAGUCAAGCGAUUAAAAUCAGAUGAUCAAUUAUAGACGUUUGUUGCUCAUAUACAUGUUUUCUCCUUCAAAAUCAACUGCACAUUCUUUUCUUCAUCCUUUGGAAUUAGUGUGCAAGUAUGGUUUUUAAUUACUAUUAUCAUUAUUUGGGAAAUUUAUACAAAAUCCAUCGCAUUGCCCCCCCCCCCUAUUUGCAUUUCUAAGAUUGUCUACUUUCUAUCGUUUCGUAUUUGUUGUUGUUAUUCUGAAGCACUAAAAACUCCACAGUAUCUGAAAUAUUUUAGUGUUUCUGAAAUUUUGUUUUUCAACUGUUAAUGAUAAAUUAUUAUUAUUUUUUCAUCAUUUGUUCAAGCAUAAAAUCUGCUGAAAAAUGUACAUAUAUAUAUACAAAUUCAUAUGUUGUCCUAUUUAAUUUACUUGAAACACUGAUUUGCUUAUUUUUGUGAAUUCAUGUUGUUUUUUUUUGUUUUCUUCCUGACAUUUUGUACAAUUGUUUAUUAUUAUUUCCUCUUGUAAUUUCUUUGUACUUAUUAUUAUAUGUGUAUAUUUAUUCACUGGCAUGUUUUUAUUCAACUCGUUUUGGUUACCGUUUAUACAUUUUCUUGAUUACAGUCAUUUUCAUUACUGUCCCCAUAUGGGCAUAACAACAAUGGUAAUUAUUCUCUUACUUUUGAAAAAUAAGUAGUGAGAAGCUUAAUAACUUAAAUAUAUAAGAACAAACCUUAUUACUCAUUACCUUUGGUUUCGACAGUUUGUGUACGUUCAAGUUUAGUUUAUUAUAUUGUGUACAGUUUUGAUAGUGUUUGCUUGGUUAUGUCUUUUGUUAAGUUAACGAUAAAAAAAAAAGUUUAUCUUACUUGUACAGAUUGACUAUUCGAUUAAUGUCAUUGUCCUCAGUACACAAAGACUUCUGAUGUGUAUUUUUGAAAGCAUCAAAUUUCAGCUAGAUUCUUGCGUUUUCCACCGUUAUGGUGGCUAACCAUUCUGGUGUUUUGUAUUAAGAAGAGUAUGAAUAGUUUUUAUUUACUGUCUCCGACAAAAUUUUAUGGGUACAAUUAGGAAUUUAAUCGGUCUGUUUCAAACUGAUAAUACGUUAAAACAAGGCAAUAGACGGGUGUGGAUAUUUAUUGCGAGAGGUUACAUAUGCAUAUACAUAACCCUUAAUCAUAAAUGUCUUCGAAGUAUUGCUCGUAUAUCCUGGGACCAUCGAGUAAUUAAUGCAGUUGUUAGGAAACGGAUACUAGGUAAGGAUAACAAAUCAAUUGAUGAAGUAGUGAAACUUCAACAGUUGAGAUGACUGGGACACGUGUUACGUAUGCCCAACCACCGACUGCCCCGACGAGCGAUGUUUUGUGGUGUAGGAGUAGGUUGGAAGAAAGCUAGGGGCAGUCAGACCAAAAACAUGGCACAAAUCCAUGAAGUCACUGACAAGUGAACUGAGCCAUGUUGGUAGGUGUAGACUACCUGAUUGGGAUCCGCGAGAUGAUAGCAACCGAUGGAUAGAGACCUUGAAUGACGUGGCCCCAAAGUCGUUUGCGAUUGGGCGAGUGCAUCCACUCUUUGUGUUCUCCCAAAUUCUAAUCUGAAUUCAUGUUCCUUUUUUCGUCUUUUCAAAUUUAUUUCACUGGAUUAUAUUCCUUGGAAAGCAUCUUCAAACCCUAAUCUUUCCGAUAACUGCUUAUACUUUUACCACCUCUACCACUAAGGGAUUUGAAUCGACAAUUGUAUCUGUGUACUAAUGUGGUAUGGCAACUUGAACUGAUGUACGUACGUAUGAAGUUCCGCGUUGCUGCUAACUCACUGCAUUUAUUCAUCCGUUUGCAUCUUCUAAUGUUCUGCCAACAUCGUGACUUCGAAGGACUGAAACUUACUGUUCGACGGUUGUUGCAGCUUUGACGCCGUAUUCUGAUACACAUUACUUACAAACGUCCUUGUGGGCGGCAUCAACCAAAAUAUCAAUAUUGACCGUAACUCCACUAAUUUCCCUAGACCUAGUAACAGUGCCGUGUAACACUCUGUUGACUGGUGAUCAUAAUACAUUUCGAGUCUUUUUAUGGUGAAGUAGUACAUAGUGUAAUUCCCGGACGAGUUUAUUGGUAUGUUCUUCAGUGAUUAUUAUAUAGGUGAAGAUUAUAAAUGGUCAAGCAUUCAUGGUUACUGAGAUUAGUAGCAGUGUUGGUCUUGUCAACCUACUGUCAAAUUUGCUAUUUCAUCCCAACUGGUGACACCAAAUAUUAUAUAAUAUUCUGGGUAUUUUAAACUACGAAUCGCUAUAUUUUCCCCAAACAACAAUGCUGAAACACCGUUUAUAACAGUAAGUUAACGCGUCAGUUUGUAUACACGCAAAUUCAGAUAGACAUACUUUCGCCGUAGGUCCGAUUAACUACUUUUAUUUUGAACACGACCCAUUGCUAUCAUUCAUUCAGUGUUGCAAAAACGAUCUUAACAUAUAUCACUAAUGAUGAAGUCGUAAACCUUUAUCAUUACAUCAUUGAUGUAAGCUAGGCAGCUACCAUCGCCGGUUAUGACUGCCACCAACGUCUGUCCGGAGAUUACAUUUCGAUACUCCAGUAUCAGGUGGACUGAAGUUAAGCGACCUCUGCUUUAGGUGUUGUUUCUUAUCUGCUCGUAUUGUUGGAAAAGUUACGUAAUAUUCCUAGGCACAGUAGUUGCAAAGCUAUAUGAUGUGUCGUGGUAGAAUUUGCGCGACAGGAAAACCUAUGGUGAUCAUUAGAGUAUGACAUGCGACAACAGCCGGUUCCUCGGUGGAGAAGACUGGAACUGUUUGCGUUUUCCGCAAAACUUCUGUAGUCUAAUGCUCCUUAUUCUUCAAAAUGUGUUGCUAAGCCGCUGUCGAAUUGCGCGGUCGUCAUACAGCUGUUAACACUUGAGCAUUAUCUUAUCACAAGCUUAUUAAAGUUGGGCUCUAAAAAAAUUGGCGAAAAGUCUACAAAAGGUAAUGUCCAAGAAAAUGAAUAUGUAUGGUAUACAACUCCGGAAGAAAUUGUUUUUUUCUGUUAACUACUGAGAAUACUUGAUGUUAUGGCGUAUGGAAAUAGUGAUACCAAGCUCUUGGAUUUCUGCGUUUGAUGUGCAUGAACACAAUAGACCAUCGCUUACGAAGUUAAACGGGAGGGGGAUAGAUGGUCUUGGAAUGAAAGGAUAUCGGGAGUGCCUCAAGUGAUGUCAAUAGUCUACUAUGUUCGUUAAAAGUAAUGAUAUGAGUGUUGAAUACCCGUUGGGAUCUUCUGUAGGAUUAUCUACUGCUCACAGUAGUAUCAGAAUCGUUAUAAU